GAGAGACAACAACGUGAACCAGCCAGCAGUCAUUUAAUCACAUUCGUACCUUUGUGACAAUCAUUCUAUAAAGUGUUAUUCUUCAUUUGCAUGACCUUAAUUUUUGUAGAAAUAUACCCACCCACGUUUGGAGUUUGCUUUCGUUCGUCACAGUUCACAAUGGCAACAGAAAAGUCAAGUCAAUUACCAACCUUUACACCCGCCGAUUAUGUCAAAUUCUUCAGUGCAGGCGCGCUGGCGGCAACGCUCACACAUGGUGCGGCGACACCAAUCGACGUCGUCAAGACGCGGAUACAGGUCGACGACGCAAUGAAGGGCCUCAACAUGGUCAAGGCGGCACGAACCAUUGCAGCCAAAGAAGGCGCCUCGGCCCUGUUGACGGGCUUCGGCCCCACAGCGGUCGGUUAUCUGGUCCAGGGUGGCAGCAAGUUUGCGGGUUACGAGUUCUUCAAGAAGAGGUUCGUCGAGAUGGUCGGCGGGCCCGAGAGGGCAGUGCAGCACAGGACGGGCAUCUACCUGGGCGCCAGCGCUACGGCGGAAUUUUUCGCCGACAUCCUGCUGUGCCCGCUCGAGGCGACGCGGAUCAGGCUGGUGUCGCAGCGAGGGUACGCGACGGGGUUGGCGACGGGAUUUGCGCGCAUGGCGAGGGAGGAAGGCAUGCGUGGUUUUUAUUCCGGCUUUGUACCGCUGCUCUUCAAGCAGGUACCGUACGCGGUCGGGCAGUUUGCGGUGCACGAGGCAGCGGUUGAGGGCAUCUACCGCACGAUAGGACCAGAGAAGAAGGCGACGUUGACGCACGCACAGGCAACGGGCGUGGAGUUGGCAUCAGGCAUCGUGGCGGGUGUUGCAGCGGCUGUGCUAUCUCACCCGGCGGACACGCUACUCUCGGCCAUCAACAAGGGCGCGGGCGACAAGGGUCAGGGGGCGACGGCGCGCAUGUUCCAACUUGCAGGGGAGUUUGGACCAAAGAGGCUGCUGCUGACGGGGCUGGGGCCCAGGGUUUUCAUGACGUGCGGCCUUGUCGCGGGGCAAUUUGUCAUCUACGCGCAGUGCAAGGCAUUGGUGGGUGCCGCGCCGGGUGUUGAGAUUCACAAAGAGGACUGAUUCGCCCAAA